CCUGCUCAGUGUUUCCAGUUGUACUUCCCCCUUCUGUUUAUCAAGGCCCUAUUUUUUUUUGCCCCUGUAACCUGAGGCAGGUGCAGCCUUGACAAGUGCAGCUCCACUUCACACACACUCAUUUUUGCUCUCGCUUAUCAGAGUGCUGCUGGAAACGUAAAAAAACCUACUGUGAGAUUGAGUUUGCCCUUGUGAGCAGAGUUGUCGCUCAGGUGGUUGCUGGUACCUUCCUCACCUGCUUGGUGACAGUGGCUGCUCUUGCAGAGCCACAGUCACAGCUGGCUCGUGUCAUAGCUGGAAUUAUAAGCUGCUCUUAGGGCAGUAAAGCAAUUUUAAUGCUGGUACUAAAAAAAGUGUUGUGCUUAGGACCUGAAAGCAGUAUCAAGUUCUGCUCUUGCAGCUGAUUUUGAAAGCUGGGGUUUAAAACUUUUAGAGGUACUACCCUGGGGAACCUCCUCGUUCAUCACAGUGCUGGGUUUAUACAUCUGUUUCAUGUUUAUUACCAGAUAUUUUACUUUGAGAUGUAUCUAUGCAAAAUGAGGGUAUGGGGGAGCUCAGGUGAGGAUCCUGUCCCCGUGUGCUGCCCAGGGAGCAGGGAGGCAGGUUUGUCCCCGUGCCCUUGCUCUGCAUCCCACGUGCCCUGUCCCAGAUGUGGCCUUGUCUGAGCCAUUCUGGCAGCAGAGCAGUUGGAAAAUGCUGCGAGAUCCUCUGGGAUGGGCAGGGUGAUGGAGAUGGAGGAGUGACACCGGGACGUGGAUCUCUUCAUUAGCGGUUCUGGAAGGGCAGAGCCCCCGCUCUUGGCAUGGAGCAGCAGCUUUGAUUAGCUUUAACCCAAAAAAAUGAAUAUUAAAAUCUUAAUUUAAUUUAAACCACUGUCAUUCACAGUCAUGGCAAACAGCGAGCAGAGUAAUUAUUAUGCAAAUGAGACAGAUAGAAAAAUGAUUAAUAAUUGCGCAAAUUAAAAAUUAUUGUAAACAUCCUGUGACUAGUGAUAAGUCGGGGAGGAGCGUGCGGGGGAGGCAGUGGGGCUCAGCCACCUCCUGCAUCCCGAUUCCCUCAUUAGUGGGAUCAGCUAAUGAGGAGCCCAGGGGUGUUUGGGGGAAGCUGAGGCCUGGCUCCCGAGGGUGGGACAACAGGGCCGAGCUCAGAAUCUGCUCCAGCUCCCGUCUUUACACUCUGUGACUCGGAGAAAAGCUGGGUUUAAGCUGUUUUCCUCCUUUUUGGAGUCCCUAAGGUCCUGACACGGCCUCUCUGUCCCUCUGGAGCGGGCACUGGCAUCCCAGCAGCCUCCCCUGCCCAUCCCCCAGACGGGCACCUGCUAAUGACCCUCGGAGCUUCCCCCACCAAUUAACAAGCUGAUUUGUCUGGUGUUCUGCUGCUAAUUGCACAACAGUACUUCUUCCCCGUUUUCCUUUUCUGCUUUUGCCAAGGAGCAGGAUAAUACCAGUAACAGGCUCUCCCUGGCUCAGGGGCUUCCAUGGGCACUGCUCGUGUCAAGGACGAGCAAUUAAGAUUGGCCUCAUGCAUCGUAAUUAGAUUUUUGUUGAUGAGCUCAUGGUAAUGUGUUUAGAUUAAGAGCUUAAUUCCUGGGGUGUGACACUGCCUGCCCCCUGGAGCCCUCUGCCCAUGGGAGGGGGAUCGGGGCUGGUUGGAGGGGUGGUCCUGGGCAUGGCCACCCUGUGUCUGUCCUGCCCACCUGUCCUGUCACACCUGUCCCUGCGAAUGUGGCUUCUCCCCCCCUGCCUGCCUUUUGGCUGUUGUUUUUUUAACAGCUCCAGCAAAGUGGGUUCUGGAAGUGCUGUGUUAUUGCACCGUUUCCUGCUGAGUUCUAUUAUUUUUUAAUUAAAAAGAGCCUGAGAUUUGUCAUUUAAUUUCUCUCUAACUGGCAGCAGCUCCAGGUCGUGGGUGCUGGGAAGAGCUGGUGGCUCCCUAAAUCGUCCCAGGCUUUCAGCACGGAGCUCUGGGGGAGGGUGCCACAGUGGGGUCCCCCCAGGGCACACCCACCCCCAUUUCUUUUUGGAGGAGAAGAGUUUUUCCCGGCAACUGCCUCCCAUGGCAGGGCUGGGAACGAAAAUCCCCAAGACCGACAGAGGCAGAUGUGCAUCCAUAUUCAUUCCGGAGGAACUUCAGGAAUUACAACUUCAUCAGCCAAGGCCGCCGCCAGCCCGAGCUCCUGUGCAGGAGGAGAAGGUGCCGUGCCGGGACAUUGGCCAAAUCCAGCCCUGCUCAAGUGGCGUGCCAGGAGGUGCCCAGCCUAGAGGAGAGGAGCCCUGUUCCAGGCACAGGGCAUGGAGACACCACAUCCCCUCCCUGGCCAGCGCAGCUCCAGUGCUACAGGUGAGCACAGCUGGGAUCUGUUCCUCUAGUGCUGGGCUGGACCUUUCCACUGGAGGCUGCACCAAUGGAGCAGACGUCGUCUCCCUUUCAUCUAGGACUUUGCUGUUCUCUAGUUCCCUACAGUUACAGAAACCACAAGGCUGGGAGAGGGGAGGAAAAAAAGAAGAGAUUAAAUUAAUGAGCAGGGCUGGUCCUGCCUGUGUUCAGCACAGGAUCUUGCAUUCCAGGAGCUCGGCAUCAGCAGGGAGCAGAAGGGAGGAUGAGGGGGAUUGGUACCCGCUGGGCAGAGCUGGAACCCUUCAGGCAUCCUCGUCCCUUGCCCUGAGAAGCUGCUCCAGAGCAGGGAGGCCCCAUCAGCCCCCUCCUCAUCUCCUGUUGAAAAAGGCUCUGCAGCACGAGGGACCCUGUGGGGAGCUGCAGCGUGUUGUUCCCCCCUGGGGAUGCCGGGAUGCCUGA